AUGCUCAGCAACCAGCCUAUGCGAGCCAGUCUCCAGGUGGCCCCUCUCACUAUCGCCAAAUCCCGCAUCAAUUCGUCUGGAGAUGCUUCAUCGACCUCAGAGAACGACACCAGCCUCUACUCACAAUCUCAAAUGACACCCCCCGCUACACCAAAUGGCUCGCAGGAGGAUCUCUCACCUUCGCCUUCACCUCAGUACAUCCCUCCUCAAGUCUUCCACAACUUCCUGCGAGCCUUCUAUCCUUUCAACCCCAGCUAUGUUAUGUCCGACUCUAGCGUGACGUUGCCUCUUAACGAGGGCGAUGUCGUCCUAGUGCACUCUAUCCACACAAAUGGAUGGGCCGACGGCACAUUGCUUGUUUCGGGCGCCAGAGGAUGGCUACCGACCAACUACUGUGAGGCUUACGAGCCUGAUGACAUGUGCAACCUUCUCAAGGCUCUUCUGAACUUUUGGGAUCUGCUCCGAAGCACAUCUGUCAAUGACAAGGAGAUCUUUGGCAACCAAGAGUUUAUGAAGGGUAUCAUUGCGGGUGUGCGAUUUCUAUUGGAACGAACACACUGCUUGAAUAGAGAGUCACCGCUCAUCCAGAGGAGUGAUGCGCUGCGCAAGUGCCGCAAGUCACUUCUCUCUGAGCUCUCAUCACUGGUAAAGACAGCGAAGCGGUUACAAGAGACACAACGUCUCGAGAUCGCUCCCGUCGAGGAUGUGAACGAUAUUAUUGAUGAGAUGGUUCUCAAGGCUUUCAGAAUCGUAACAAAAGGUGUUCGCUUUAUGGAUAUGCUCGAAGAGGAUCGCAGGGCACGUGCACCCGCAGCUGUUACUGUUAUGGAUACAGUGCUCGAAGAAUCAUACGUGCCGCCAACACCACCUGCUGAUCAAUCAACUUUUGAGGAACAAAGCCAGCGCAGCACAAACGACACCGAUUCUCAACCUGCCGCAAGUGUCGCUGCUUCUGAAUCAAGCGAGACGACGCAGACAUCGACAUCAAUCUUCACCAAGCGACUAUCGUCACUCAGCUCUCGUACCGGCCCGAGCUCUCACAGGUUAUCACAGGGAAGCCUUGCGCAAGCUCACCGCCUGUCGGCCACCAUCUCUCACAGAGUGUCGCUCGCUGGCCCAUCAUCAGCAUCGCGAGCUCACCAUCUCGUUACGGAACGCCUCAAUCGCAGCCACGAUACUUUCCUGUCUCAUUUGGGAUCCUUCAUCGGACGCCUGCAUCUUCAAUCCCAGUCGCGCCCCGAGCUUGCCUCAGCUAUCCGUCAAUCUGCACUAUCAGGUGGAGAGCUCCUUGCAGUAAUCGACGGAGUCUAUGACCACAUUAACUCAAGCUCAGAGGCUCUUGCCCGCGCUAGAUCCACCAUGUUCGCGCGAAUCCAAGAUCUCGUCUUUUCUGCCCGCGAUACCCUGGUCAGUGCUGCGUCUGAAGAUGCCGAUUUGAUUAUGCCCCACGACAACACAAUGCUCCUUGCAUCCGCCACAGGCUGUGUGAGGGCUGCAGGAGACUGCGUUGCCAAGGCAAAGUCUGCUAUCGAGCGCAUCGGCGAUUUUGAAUUCGAGCUUGAGACUAGCAGCCUCGGUAUUGACCUAAGCAUUCUUGACAUUGAUGUUGAGGAGCGGGCCAGGACCCUAUCUGUUUCAGAACCCAACGAUACUGCAAGCAAUGCCGGAUCGAACCGAACUUCUAGCUCCUCCAACCCUGCAUCUCGACGCCUCACUGUCGUUGCCAUCGACAAGCCCCUCCCUGAGGUUCCUCAGGUGACGACACCCACUGAUGAACAGACCAUCCACCCUUCACCAGGUUCUUCUCGGCGCUCAUCGGUUGCUGACGACAACAUCUCCAGCGUGGCAUCCUCUAUCUCUUCUCUGCGUCCUUCUCUUCCUCCUCUUCCCAAGCUAUCCACUACUAUUCUGCCCAGCGAGGAAUACAGCCCUGUCGAUAACAAUGACAGCGACUUCACCUCGUCCUCUCGAUUUGAUAGUAUGGUUGCCUCCAGCGCUGGCAGCAGUGCCACUUACCUCAGCCGCGACUCAGAGGUCAGCAUGGUUUCGCAGUCUUCUACUCGAGCCACCACCCCCGACCACACUCUUGCUCCUCAAAAGCAGCCCUCAAUCUCUAACUUGAGCAACACCGAAUCGCAGACGGAAGAGGUUGAUGUCGAGUCAAGGCUCAUGGAGAAGACCUUUGCCCACGAGCUCAUGUUCAACAAGGAGGGCCAAGUUACUGGCGGCUCUCUACCUGCUCUCGUUGAGCGUCUCACUACUCACGAAUCCACUCCCGAUGCCAUGUUUGUCUCGACCUUUUACCUCACUUUCCGCCUUUUCUGCUCACCAGUUCGCCUGGCCGAAGCGCUCAUUGAACGAUACGAUUACGUUAACGAUUCCCCUCAUGUGGCUGGACCUGUCCGACUGAGAGUAUACAAUGCUUUCAAAGGCUGGCUCGAGUCCCACUGGAAGGAAGAGACCGAUCGUGACGCCCUUGACUUGAUCAUGCCCUUUGCUGAAUUCAAGCUGGCUUCCUCUCUGCCAAACGCUGGCCGACGUCUGUUUGAGCUUGCUCAGCGCGUCUCUGGCGAGGGCUCUCUGGUUCCUCGACUUGUAUCUUCCAUGGGCAAGACCAGCACCUCAGUUGCCCAAUACGUGCCAGCUGACACUCCUUUGCCUAUCCCUGCCAUCACCAAGGGUCAGCUGAACCUGCUUUCUGCUUUCAAGAUGGGUGCAGCUCAGCCAAGCAUUCUUGACUUUGACCCUCUUGAGUUGGCUCGUCAAUUGACUAUCAAGCAAAUGAACAUCUUCUCUUCCAUCCUGCCCGAGGAGCUCCUGGCUUCUCAGUGGAUGAAGAACGGUGGUGUUCAUGCUCCUAAUGUCAAGGCUAUGUCUUCUUUGUCCACAGAUCUCUCAAACCUCGUCGCCGAGACUAUUCUUCAGCAGCAAGAGGUCAAGAAGCGCGCUCAGGUCAUCAAGCAAUGGAUCAAGAUCGCACACCAGUGCCUUGAGCUUCACAACUACGACGGUCUUAUGGCCAUCAUCUGCAGUCUCAACAGCAGCACCAUCAGCCGUCUCCGAAAGACUUGGGAUGCCAUCUCUAGCAAGCGCAAGGACAUGCUCCAAAACCUGCAAGAUUUGGUUGAGCCCUCUCAAAACAACAAGGUCCUGCGAACCAGACUUCAUGACCACGUUCCUCCCUGCUUGCCCUUCCUCGGUAUGUACUUGACCGACUUGACAUUUGUCGAUAUUGGCAACCCUGCCACUAAGCAGAUGUGCAUCGGUCCUGAGUCUGAGGAGGAUGGCGCUGGUGGUAUCACUGUUGUGAACUUUGACAAGCACACUCGCACAGCCAAAAUCAUUGGAGAACUUCAGCGUUUCCAGAUCCCCUACCGCCUCACCGAGGUGCCUGACAUGCAGGAUUGGAUGUCCUCUCAGAUCAGCCAUCUCCGCGACAGCGAGGAGGGCAAUGUGCAAGUCACCUACUACCGCAAGAGUCUGCUCUUGGAGCCUCGCGAGACUGCCAACCGACCUACCCUUGAGUCCUCGGCUGCCUCUAUCGUCGGCGUUGGAGGUGUCCGUCCCGAUCUAUUCAGCUGGAUCUCCCGCGACCGAGGCACUUCAACACCAACACCAACACCCACUCAGACAUAG